GGCGUUCAAAUUGCAAAAAUCUCGUUCGGGAACAAUGAGAGACGAGCGGAUACGCAAAGCAGCGAGCAUCGUAUCCGGUGGGAAAUCAGACGUCUUUAGGAAUUGCACGAGGAAGUGGUGCUUCCGUGUAAAACCGUUGAACGCCAAGGCCUUCGUUUCAUCUUGCUCGUUCCGAAUAUCGUCCGAAUAUCGCUGGGGCCACCGAAAAAAGACCUUCGUUACGUGGGCGGGGAGUCGAAAAACACGAGCUCCGGCGACGGCCACGUGGUCUUGUAAUCAGCAGUCUCUAACCCAGAAGUGCCGUCAUAAAGCUCGACGUAGCGUCGCGUAAGUAGAAUCGACUGGAAGAUGUCUGACCCGCCAGCAGGUAAAGGGCCACCGAGCGCCGUGACGUUGGUGUUUUCAACCCUGACUCACGUUCUUCUACUGGCGCCAGUAAUCUACAUCCUGACGCUGGCGUUUGGACGCUACAGCUUCUUCUCCUGGCAUCCCAUCUGCAUGAGUCUCGGAGUGGGUCUUCUGAUAACGGAGGCGGUGUUCAGCGUUUCCGGGGAGGCGUACAUAGGUCACAAGAUCUCCAGAGUGAACAGGGUGACGAUGCACUGGAUCUUGCACACGGUAGGGUUGGCCCUAGUGCUGAUCGGUUUGAUCAUCAUCGUGGUGAACAAGAUCAACAACAAUGGAUACCAUUUCGCCUCGCCUCACUCGAUACUAGGUUUGGUCAGCAUCAUCAUGGCGUUCCUGACCGCCGGUUUCGGCAUCGUCACGAACAACCCUAAGUGGCUUUAUCCGAGGUUCAGGCCGGUCCUCCUGAAAAUCAUGCACGCGUUCGCUGGCAUUGCUGUCACGAUACUUUUGUUGGCCAGCGUGAUCACCGGAACCUACACCAGAUGGUGGCCAGGCACCCACACAGGAAGAGACCUGGUAUUCGCGUCGUUGUUCAUCGCUGGCUUCUUCAUUCUCCUGAAGCCAGUCUUGGGCGCGAUUUCCAGAAGCAAGGUCGUUUUCGGCCCACCGCCCACCACCACGUAACUUCGAUAAUGUGCGCGCUCCACGACCGCGGCACUGAUAAACUUUGGCGAGAAAACGCUAUCCAUGAAUUUCGUUUCCAUCGCGAAAUCGUUUUCGUAAGAAACGUUUCGAGUUUUGUAUCAAUUGUACGUGUCCAAUCGUUGUACAGUAGUCUCUCGUUUAAUGACCAGAAAUCAGGCCCGUCGAGAAAAAGAUUUUCUUCUCGCGGUUCGACCAUUAUAUUUGAGUUUUUGCACUUUGAAUAUUUAUGCGGAAAUUAGUGCGUGUUGUGUAUUUUUUUGAACCGUCUGUAUUAGCAAUUCCGAUUAGUAAAAUGAAAUGAAAAGGUAGGUUUCGAUUAUUUAAACAGCGUUUGUAAUUAUAUGGAAGAUAAGAUUAAUUAAGUCAAACGAAUUGCGGGAAUUAUUUAUAUUGUCUAAUUGGAUUAUUCUGCAAACCACAGGAUGAAUAAGAUAUAUUGUAUGUAAUUUGAAACGCAGUUAAUAUCUUUAUUACGUUAUCGACGAUGAUCGAUAGUAUUUAAAAAAGAGCCUUACAAGCAAUGAUUAAUUACUUCGAUCGAAUAGUAACUCAUUACCGUCGUAAAUGUAACCGCGAAUAAGGUACUUCCUCGACUUCGUUUAUGAGUCAUGAGACAUGCAUUAUUUAUCUUGCUAUUAGACUUGUUUUAUGCGUUUGUGACGUAUGAGAAUUAUAUGAAGCAUACGCUAAGCACGCUUAAUUAAAAACUCGUAAACGAACGAUAAA